AGUACGAGGAUACUAGGUGACGGUGAUACUGCAAGAGUAAAGCAGAAAGAGAGAAACAUGGCUCAAUUGAAGGCAAUGUCUUCGUGUUCAUCUCCUAAUCUCACUUUUCACACCCAGAUAGGAGAUCACACUCAUAAGCUGUGUUUCCUGGGAAAAUCUUCCUUCAAAGAGUUCAGUGGAAGGAGAAACUCGCUUGUUGGCCAUGCAAUUCCGGGGAAAAUUUUAUCUGUUACCCGUGCAGAUAAUAAGAAAGUUGUUCAGGCAGUUCUUUCGAGUGACAGUGAAGUGGAAAUUUCCACUGAGAAAAAGAGUGGAGGACUGCGAGGCAAGCUAAAUAAGGUUGUUUUGGCGUAUAGUGGUGGUUUAGACACAUCUGUUAUUGUGCCUUGGCUGAGGGAGAAUUAUGGUUGUGAGGUUGUUUGCUUCACGGCUGAUGUUGGCCAAGGCAUACAGGAAUUGGAAGGUUUGGAACAGAAGGCCAAGGCAAGUGGAGCUUGUCAAUUAGUCGUGAAGGACUUGAAGGAGGAAUUUGUGUGUGACUUCAUAUUUCCUUGCUUGCGAGCUGGUGCCAUCUAUGAACGGAAAUACUUGCUGGGGACCUCAAUGGCCCGCCCUGUUAUUGCUAAGGCCAUGGUGGAUGUUGCCAAAGAAGUUGGAGCCGAUGCUGUUUCCCAUGGUUGUACAGGGAAAGGAAAUGAUCAGGUUCGCUUUGAGCUUACAUUCUUUGCUCUCAAUCCUGAACUAAAUGUCGUGGCUCCUUGGAGGGAAUGGGAUAUUCAGGGUAGAGAAGAUGCCAUUGAAUAUGCUAAGAAGCAUAAUGUGCCUGUUCCAGUGACAAAAAAAUCAAUAUACAGCAGAGAUAGGAACUUAUGGCACUUAAGCCAUGAGGGAGAUAUUUUGGAGGACCCAUCAAAUGAGCCAAAAAAAGAUAUGUACAUGAUGACUGUGGACCCAGAAGAUGCACCUAAUCAACCCGAAUAUGUGACAAUUGGAAUUGUUUCUGGGCUUCCUGUUUCAUUUAAUGGAAAGGAACUUUCCCCGGCAUCUCUUCUUGCCAAGCUCAAUGAGAUUGGUGGGAGGCAUGGUAUUGGCCGUGUUGACAUGGUUGAAAACCGGCUUGUAGGUAUGAAAAGCCGUGGUGUAUACGAAACUCCAGGUGGGACCAUCCUCUUCACUGCCGUGCGAGAGUUGGAAUCUUUGACGAUUGAUAGAGAAACUAUGCAAGUCAAAGAUUCUCUAGCUCUCAAAUAUGCCGAGUUAGUUUAUGCUGGCAGGUGGUUUGACCCGCUUCGUGAGUCCAUGGAUGCCUUUAUGGAGAAGAUUACAGAGACAACCACUGGUUCUGUCACUCUGAAGUUAUACAAGGGAUCUGUCUGUGUUACAGGCCGACAGAGUCCCUACAGUCUGUACAGGCAGGAUAUCUCAUCUUUUGAAAGUGGAAAGAUAUAUGAUCAAGCUGAUGCUGCUGGGUUUAUAAGGCUCUACGGUCUUCCAAUGAAGGUCAGGGCAAUGCUAGAGAAAGGUAUCUGAUGAAAUUUUAUGUUGCAUUAUAUUUUUGGGCCAAAAAUUUUAUGUUGGAUUUGAGGCUUGUUUACAAUCCACCUUCGGAGUUCAUAAAUUUUGUUAUUAACAAUUGAUCUGUUUUUAUC